AUGGCACCGCCGUGGGCAAAUGAUUUACGGCGUCUAAACCGCAACAACUUGACGACUCUACGGACCGCGCCAUGGGCUGAAAUAUCGGGGUCACUGGGCGAUCUUGGCACCUUGCUGCCUCUGAUGAUUGCCUUGGCCGCACAAGGAUCAAUCGAUCUGGGAAGUACACUAGUGUUCACAGGCUUGUUCAACAUCCUCACUGGCGUGUUCUAUGGUAUUCCUUUACCUGUCCAACCCAUGAAGGCUAUUGCCUCAGCAGCCAUACAAAAUGGCUCUCCCAUGGGUGUCGUCACGGCUGCAGGCCAAUGGGUUGGCGCUGCCGUACUCAUCAUGAGUGUUACAGGUGUUUUGAAGGGGGUUGUCCGUGUCGUACCCCUCCCAGUAGUAAAGGGUAUUCAGUUGGGAGCAGGCCUCUCGUUGAUUCUUGGCGCCGGAUCUUCUCUGCUUCAGCCUCUGCACUGGGGCCGUCCAGCUCUUGACAACCGUGUGUGGGCUUUGAUCGCCUUCCUCGUUCUAAUUGGCACACAAAAGCUGUCCCGGUUCCCCUAUGCUUUGAUCUUCUUUAUACUCGCCCUCUUAUUCGCCUUUGUACAGGUCGCUAUUUCUCACGAGAGCCUUCCGUGGCUUUAUGUUUGGCACCCUCGCUUUGUCAUGCCGCACUGGGUCGGAAAGGGUGAUUCGCCUGCCCUGUGGAUGGCCAUCGGACAACUGCCUCUGACCACACUCAAUUCUAUCAUCGCCGUUAGUGCACUAUCCCAGGAUCUUCUACCCGAACUCCCCACUCCCUCGGUGACAUCCAUCGGAAUCAGCGUUGCGCUGAUGAACUUGAGCAGCACCUGGUUCGGAAGUAUGCCUGUCUGCCAUGGUGCCGGGGGAUUAGCCGCCCAAUAUCGCUUCGGGGCUCGAAGCGGCUCCAGCAUCAUGGUACUGGGAGCUUUUAAGCUGGUACUGGGGCUUAUGUUUGGCGAAACUCUCGUAGAUCUCUUGAAGCACUACCCCAAGAGUCUUCUUGGCAUCAUGGUGAUAGCAGCUGGUCUCGAGCUCGCCAAAGUGGGCAACAGUCUCAACCAAGGAGCCUCCGACUUAUGGAACACGGCUGCAGGUCAUGGUCCUCGUCGACAACGCGAUCUUUCAGAUGAUGAACGUCUGGAGAGAUGGACUGUCAUGCUCGUGACCACUGCUGGAAUCCUCGCUUUCAGGAACGAUGCUGUGGGGUUCUUUGCCGGCAUGCUCUGCCAUGGAGCGUAUCGUCUUUCGGAACGACUGACAAAGCGAUACUCGCACCGCGCAUUUUCGACCGAGCAUGAGGCCCUGCUUCACUGA